AUGCGAGAGCGGCUUCUUCGAAUGACGUAUGGGACGGAUAGGAUUCGCAUCGGGCUGAAGAGGGGGGCAUAUGCCGGAGGAAAAGAUACAGCAACGCCUCUCAGAUGCUACAUUUUGAUCGCUGUUUCGGCUCCCCAGACGUCGCAGGUUGACGGCGUGGGGCCGCGAGAGGGUGUAUUAAUGCAGUCGGCUUGCAUCGGCCGGCUCCGGCGUCGCCUGCUGCGCGCAACGCUGCUGUCGUCGUCGCGUGUGGAGAAGGCGUGCUACUUGACACAUCAGAAGAGCGAGCCCUCCAGGCAGCAGAGACCACCGCACCGAAGAAUUGGCCCUGUGCGCCUGCCUUGCCACGCGCGCCCUACGAGAAGGGCAGCAAGCAGAGUGGAAGCCGCACGGAGACCAGCCAUCACAGUGCGGCUACGCACGUUUCGGGGACGGCAGCGAGGAAGUCGGCGGUACCGCUUUCUCAUCUUCGCGGCCAGGUGGCGCAUCCGCGACACAUCAGUGGCUCCUACUUCCAUCGUUGCAGGAAAGGUGAGCGUGCGCGGAUCCGAGGGCGAGUGCCUUGGCGCCAGCGCGUUGCGCCGCAGCGCGACCGCCUGCGACAUCCGGUAUCCAGCUCAUCCUACAAGCGUACCUAGAUGCGAGCCUGGUCUCCUGCGUCUGCAGAAGCCGCUAACACCUCCCUGUCAUGAGUUCCCUGGGACCGAAGCAGCGAAAGGCUUUCCGCCGCAGCGGUUUCGCGACCAGGGCUGCACCGUCGCCCACUCACUGAAUAUGCUGUUCUUCGACAAGACCGUCUUUGUUGCAACGGGUAAAGGACGAGCGCGACGGAACCAUAUUGUGAUCGGCGUCUCCUCUGGAAAGGUGGAACCAGAUGGACUAGCAGGCGCUGUCGAGGGUGUAUUAAUGCAGUCGGCUUGCAUCGGCCGGCUCCGGCGUCGCCUGCUGCGCGCAACGCUGCUGUCGUCGUCGCGUGUGGAGAAGGCGUGCUACUUGACACAUCAGAAAAGCGAGCCCUCCAGGCAGCAGAGACCACCGCACCGAAGAAUUGGCGCUGUGCGCCUGCCUUGCCACGCGCGCCCUACGAGAAGGGCAGCAAGCAGAGUGGAAGCCGCACGGAGACCAGCCAUCACAGUGCGGCUACGCACGUUUCGGGGACGGCAGCGAGGAAGUCGGCGGUACCGCUUUCUCAUCUUCGCGGCCAGGUGGCGCAUCCGCGACACAUCAGUGGCUCCUACUUCCAUCGUUGCAGGAAAGGUCUAUGGCCCCUCGGAGAUGCGGCGACCUCCGGCUGACAUCUGUAGCGCCCUAUACUGGACUCGCCCUACACCCGUGUCCCGCUGCAAUGAGUAUAAACUGCCCCGUCUCAAACACUGUAUAGUGCUAUACCACGACCGGAUGCGGAGCUCUCCAAUAGUCCUCUUAGAACUCCAUGUGCGACGCGUUCCCAGGAUGGUCGAACCUAUCGCCUGUGCGGCGGCGUCCUCGUCCGCAGUGCUUUAUACCCGGGAGGGGCCUGGAGGGGGAUCUGUAGCGUUCACUUGCUACGACGAUCGGGAUACUGGAAGACGUCCUGAGUCAAGGGGCAAGGUGCAGUCUCCGAAAAAAACGCCUCAUGCGGCACACCCAUCUUCCCGAGGCGGUGGGGAGGAGUCUAGGCAAAGGCGUGGGAACCGGGGAAAUGCACGCAUUUCCAUGCACAAGUCCGUUCGAAAUAGGGCGGCAGCUUGGCCUGCGAGAGAGUCGCGUGCAAUUUGGGAUGACUUCAGCUGCAGGCAUACACGUCGGACCUAUUCUGUAGUUAUUGCAAGCUGCGUGACCAGCCAGCCUUACCGACAAGACAGAGCUGCAGGAGAGUCUAGCGGUGCCUUUCGCUGGCCUUCGACGGCGCCUCCACCGUCGCAGCCACGGCCCACGCCAAAACUUGCUAGCAAACUAGCGGACGGGGGACGGAUUGUAGACCACUUUUAUCCUUUGGCAUACCGACUGAGUCGAGUUUGGCUGCGCUGUGCUCCAUGUUGCAGGGUGAGAACUCGUAGUAGCAUCAGCGGCCGCAAGAAACGUAGGCACCACAGAGGCUACUGGAAUGGGAGAGGACAGAAUCACGUGCCUUAUGGCAAGCCCUCCACGGCGAGAGCGGAAGAGUCUGGUGAAAAGCUGAAAAGAUGUAAGACCUCCGACAAGAAUGUUGAACAGAACCGCAUUGAUCCAUUCUCACUCAGAGAGGCUCGCGACCGAGGUCGCAGUAGGGGGAGGGUGACGAUUACUUCUGCACGCUCAGGCGUCGCGACCCUGAUCGCCUGCCCGCCGUCUGCGUACGCCCCUGUUCUCAGCACCGUCUUCUACCGUCGCCCAGGCCUUCUUUUGCAGCGUGAGCCGAAUAGCAGCGCGCAGACACGUCGCCGCGCGCUGGGGGAGACAAAGGGCGAGGACGGGUUUGUGGCUGUGCAGCCUAAUAGCAGCGCGCAGACACAUUCGGUAGAGCAGCGCGUCAAGGCUUGCAGCACUUGCACCCGGCACCGGAGGGAACCGCAGGAGGCAGACGGGAGCGACAACAGCUGGAGACUGACGACCACCGGCCGCGAGUGCCAGCCUCUGGUGAUGCAGGCGGGGAUUGUCCAGCUGCGAGUCCGGUACGUGCGAGAGCGUACUUCCAUUGCCGCACAACACCGCCUCGACCCGUCACAGUGUCCUGGAACGCAGAAGGACGUGAGAGCCUUGCCUAGGGCCCAGCUGCUUGCCUGCCCGGAGCAGUCAUCCCGGCGGUGCACGCAGCUCUUGCGUCUAAGUCAUCAGUUCCAGAUGACCCGGGAGACCAAGCCUGCGUGGAAACCCGUGUUGCACACACUCCCUGCUGUAGCUGCCUCGGGGACCGCUGACGGCCACGCUUAG